GGCGGGACCUGGAGAAACCUCUCUCGAGGGGAGGCGUAGGUGUGUAGGCCAAAAAAGGAGGGCCCGGGCCCGUGGCCUCACAGAGUCAGACCUGCUCUGGGAAGAGCACCAAGUUGUCCCUCCUGGGCUGCACAAACCCCACUGAUGAUGGAUGAGACGGAGGCGGAUGCCGAUGAGGAAGCCUGGCUGCAGCUUCGGCCGGUGGAGCCCUUGCCCUCCCAAUGCUGUGGCAGUGGCUGCUCACCUUGUGUGUUUGACCUCUAUCACCGAGAGCUGGCAAGGUGGGAGGCAGCCCGAGCCAGCAAGGACAGGAGCCUGCUGAGUGGGCAGGAGUCACAGAGCUGCCCAUCCCAGCUGAGCCCAGAGACCUUCCUGGCCUUCCGCAUCAGUGCCAUGGACAGACUCACCGAGGACACUUACCGUGUCCGGUUUGCACUACCCAGGAACUGCCAGCUCGGCCUACGGCCUGGCCAGCACCUCAUCUUACGAGGGAAGGUGGAUGGCUUAGAAAUUCAGAGAGCCUAUACACCCAUCAGCCCUGCCAACGCAGAAGGAUACUUCGAAGUUUUAAUCAAGUGCUACCCGACCGGGCUGAUGUCCCGGUACGUCCAGUCCUGGAGCACAGGAGACACGGCUUUCUGGCGAGGACCUUUCGGCGACUUCUUCUAUAAGGCAAACCAGUACGCUGAGCUCCUCAUGCUGGCUUCAGGCACUGGCCUGGCCCCCAUGGUGCCCGUCCUGCAGAGCAUAACAGACAACGCAGAGGACGAGACCUUUGUCACCCUGGUCGGCUGCUUUAAGACUUUUGAGGGCAUCUACCUAAAGACCUUCCUGCAGGAGCAGGCCCGUUUCUGGAAUGUCCGAACCUUCUUUGUCCUCAGCCAGGAGAACUCCCUGGAGAAGCUUCCCUGGAGUUACCGGGAGAAGACCCGUUUUGGCCGCCUGGCCCAGGGCCUGAUUGAAGAGCUGGUUGGCUCCUGUCGCAGAAAGCCCUUUGCAUUGGUCUGUGGCUCAGCCGAGUUUACCAAGGACAUGGCCAGGUGCCUGCUGCGCGCAGGCCUGGCUGAAGACUCCUACUUCCUCUUCUAGCCCUGGCCUCCCUUCCGAAGCCCUGGCCCGGAUCCUGCCCCUGGAACACUGGAAGAAGCACAGACUGGAGUCAGAAGACAUGGAGUGCAGGCCUGGCCCCACCACUCACUGGCCAGGUGACCUUAGGGGAAUGUCUACCUCUGUGCACCUCUAGCUCUCAUCUACCCCUCCAGGUUGCCAACUCCCUCAGGCAGACGGAUUGCUGUGUGGAGGGAAGAUGGGGCUGCAGGAGCCCCAGGGACGGGGGUGUGGGAAUCCGUUAGGACUCCAGGGAGAAAGCCAGGUCUAUGCCAGGCCCCGGACGGGUAAGAGCUGGCAGGAGAAGGUGCAGGAGGGGCUUCCCAGAUGCCUCAGAUGAGAGGGUUUGGGCACUCCCAUCCCACCCUGCCCUAGAAAUGCCUGUUCUAAAGCCUGCUUCCCCUGGAAACUGUGUCCCUGCUGUGGCCUCAGGGCUGGCUCAGAUGCGUUGCUUGCUGAGUGUUCAGGGAAUGACCAUAGGGGUAGCUAAGAGCUCUUUGGAGGAGGAACUUGCCUCCAGCCUGACACGGCAGUCUCAGGCUCCAUGACCUGACCGCAUUCUCCAAGUAAGGUGGGCCCUGGAUUACCUUUAUUUUGUACUGGGCCCAGGCAUUUCCUGCUGCAAACAGCUUGGCUCUCCGUCUCCCUUCCGUGGCUCAAGAGCCCAGCCCAGAGUCCUUCCUGACCCAAAGAGGUACAGAAACAAACACCCCUCCUUCCUGCAGGCGGCCAGCUCAGCCCGCCCUCAGCUCCGCAGCCCUGGUGACAGUUGCUAUGGAGAUCUAAAGAUAGAGCAGGAGCCAGGAGACCUGGGUCCCUCUCGCUGCUCUGCCCACUGAGCCGCUGCUGAUUCCGCUCCACCCCCACUGCCCUCCCCACCAUGCCCCUCCAUCCUGCGUGGGGCAAGCCCUCCCCCGGGACCUGGCGCUCCCAGGCAGCGCACUGCCGGUAACCAAUCGUGCUUUCCAGCGCCCGGCCUCCACUGUGCUGCCCCGGCUCGGGCUGGCUACGGGUACUCCCGGAAUCGGAAUACUAAGCCAUGAAAUCACAGAAUCAGAGUGAGAACUUUAUAGUCAUGGAAUCACAGCCCCCCUCAUCCCAGAGAUUAAAGUUCAGGACUCCAGAAAGCAUCCCGUCUAAUAGACUCAUUGUGUGAAUGGGGAAAGCAAGGAGGCCCCGUGAGGCGAAGAGAUAUGCCCAAGGUAAACAGUUCGCGGCCGAGCUGGCAUGAGAAGCCAGGUCCCCUGAUGUUACCUGUACUGAGAGUUGGGUAACCGGUGAUUUUCAGACUGAACUCCAUAGGACAGUAGGGUUCCAGGCAUGGCAGCAGUGAGGGGACAGCCACACGGGGUCUCCAGACCCCCUGCAACCAGAGCAGUUCUGGAUAUCCCAUUAAUAUAUCAGAGUUAGCAGUCAUCUCCAUUUGUGAGAAAGGGUAUUCCUGCACAGCCCAAAAAGUUGCAGCACAUCUCCGUGCUGGGCUGUGUCCAGGAAACAGCCCUGGCGGGCAUCUGGGGGACAGUGCCCGAGGUUUCACACUGUGAUUCCCACGCAGGAUUCGACGGUCACUUAGAGAUGGGGAAGACUGCCUGGGAACUUCCCCAAGAAUCCUACACACGUGAGCAGAUUGGAAAAGUACAGCGGUCCAGGGAUUUUUUUCAUUUUGUUUAACUCAGUUUCCCAAGCUCAUUUACCUGUAGAAUAGGUCUGUCCACUAGAAUCUUUUGAGACCAGCAUUCCGUGGACUGUGCUCUGGGACACGCUGGUCUGUGGCACGGCGCCCUUGCAGCAGGGUUAGUGAGCAGCAAGGCCCGCACUAAAGCCUCAGAGGUCCCGAGCAGGAGCUGUGAUCUCUUCCUGCCUCUCCUGUGACUUGGGCAAGACACUUCUCCCUCCAGGCCUCUGAAAUGUGGGCGUCUUCCUCCCGCCUUUCCCCUCCCCCAGUACAUUCUGUUGAUGGAUGCUCCUCACAGAUGCUCCUGGAGGGCCUGUCCUCAGCCAGACUCUGUUCUCGGCACCAGGGUCACUCCGUCACACAGCUUAUAGCCCGACAAGGAGUGCGGAAAUUAAACCCCUAAUUCUAAAAGGGAUGAGUGUUCUAGAAAGGGAAGUAUGAAUACCUAGCAAGGGCUUUUCGCCUAUUCUAGGGGGCCAGGGACAUGCCACUGCCCCAAGGGUAGAGGCUUCAAAGGCAAUACUGUCACUCAGAGUUCGGGGUGGUAGGGAGUCCCCACAUAAGAAAUGAGGGUGUGGGGUGGUUCUUUUGUGUCUUUGUCCCAUUUUAUAUAUUGGAUGUUAAGAUGUUAGACACAGCCACUCCACAAUAGCCAUCAGCCCCUCUUGUCCUAGAAUGUGCCACCCUCCCCUUCCCCUCACCCCACAUGGCAUCCAUACAGUCUGGAUACAGUGGGGUCUCUUAUCGUGGGAUGAUGGUGAAGACCCAGCCAUGCCCUUGGUACCAAAAUGCCAAAAGGGCUCAUAUCAUCCAGAGACUGGAAAGCUCCUGCCUUGCAAGAUGGUAAGUGAGCCAAGGAAGGGCACGAGUUGGGGUGUAUGAGGAUGGGCUCUGUUGGCUGGCCAGUUCUGCCCAUCCCUCCUGAUGAAGCCACACCCACCGCAUGGCAUGGGGGGGCAUGCUGUCAGGGUGAUGGUAGCCAAAGGAUGCCUGAGUUUGGGCCCCUCGGUGUUUUGCCUGCAGCACUUCCACGUUCCCCUCACUGGUCCGCCAGCCUCUCCCCUCAUGCCUGCCAUACUGCAGCCAGACCUGGUUUUGCAACUCUGAUAAGAACACAACAUGAGAUCUACCCUCCUAACAGAUUGUGUGCGCAGGACAUUAUUGUCGACUGAAGGUACAGUGUUCAACAGCAGAUCUCAUGCAGAUCUGAGCCCGUCACUCCCUUGCUGAAAGUCCUUCAGUGGCUCCCUCUUGCCCUAGGAUACAGUGUCGUCGCAGCUCUGCCUUCCUCUCCAGACUUAUUUUGGUCCUUGGCCUCUCGCCCCCAGCUCUCAGGUUCUGCCCCAGCACUCUUGCUCUCAAGUCAUUACGGCCCUUCCCAUUUGCUGCUCUCUGGGUCUGGGCCAUCCUUCCGCCCUCUUCCACUCGUCUUGGCCUCCUGGUCCUCUGAGGACUUACUCGGCUCACUCUCCCUUCCUCUCCGAAGCCGCUCCCGCCUCCACCACUGCAGGCCGGGUUAGCAAGCGGGUUCUCGUGCGUCCUGCUGCAGUGGCGGCUUUCCAACGGCCUCGUUUGCAGGGGAGCACGUCAUGGGCCUGUCCUGGGGCCUGUGCAUUGGGUCCCAGCGUGGGAGUGUGCUUGGCACAUCCCGAAUGUCAAAUACCCGCAUAAUAAAAAGGGGAUAUACAUGGAGUCCUUUACAGGUUGCAAAAUGUAUCUCCUCUGUGUUGAAGCACCGGAUUGUCCCCCAAAUUUUAUUACCCCAAUCUGCUGAUGAGGAAAACCAAGCUUCCAAGACAUUAAGCAAUUCUACAAGGUCACGUACGGAUGCACGAAUUCCCACAUGCUGCCGUUGUUAUAAAGGUUAUAUGUGACAUGUGAAUGCACCAGGAAACGUGUAUAAAGAUUUUCUUUGCUGCACUAUUUGAAAUAGCAAAUAAAAACUGCCCAUAUGUCCAUCAAUAAGAGAAUAGAGAAAUAAACAGUUCUAUAUUCAUCCAGUAAAAUAACGCAUAGCAAUUAAAAUGAAUGAACUAUAUCUACAUGUA